GGUUGAAGAAGACUGAUGACGUGCAGUCUGUGUACUCACCUACGAUUAACAAGGUGCUGAGGCAUCUCCUGCUUAUAUUUGUUGUAUGCAACGUUUCUAUAAUAGUACUAGCAUAAUUAGAUUACAAUUUGUUUUUCUUCACACAGGGUGCAGGCUAGAAGGAUCUCCAGAACCAUUGCCUUCAAUGAUGGAGUUUAAUUCAUGGAACAUCGUGUGGAGUUUGUGUUUUGGAAUAUUAGCGACAUUGAUCGUUGUUGGAAAUCUCCUUACCAUCUGGAUAUUUCUUAAGCGGAGACUUCGCAAGCGCGCUCAUUUUCUUUUGAUUAGUUUGGCUGUUGCUGAUUUACUUGUUGGGCUGCUAACUGUUCCUCUGUACAUAGCUAUUAAUACUGUAUUGUACUUACGGCAACGGUAUCCCUUGGUGUGGUACGUGUCCGAAAUGACUGACAUUUUUACUGGCAUUGCCUCUAUCUUCGCACUUGCCGCUAUUUCAUUGGAGAGAAUGUACGCCAUAGGCUGGCCUUUUCGUCAUAGAACCCUAAGCGUUCGUGUUUACAUACUUGCUAUUGCCAUACCAUGGAUUCUGGCAGCAAUAUUCACUUCUAUAGCUUUACUGACUUACUUCUCUAUCAUAACAUUGGGAAACUAUGUGUACACUCGCACCUUGUUCCUGAGCACGCCACUAUUAGUGAUGUGUAUAGCAUAUUUUGUUGUAUGGAAGAAACAAAAAACAAUGAUGGGUAACCAGAAUCACGUGGUAAGAGAGACAAGGUUAGCAAAAACGCUGUUCAUUAUUACUGCAGCUUCUCUUUUGACCUGGCUGCCAUUUCAAAUAUUGUUACUGUUGCUAAAUUUUGAUGUAAUUGGAAAUCUAGCUUACUUUAACGCGACGGUUUUCAUAAUCAAGGUUUUGCAAUUCAGCAAUUCGCUAGUAAAUGUAAUAAUUUAUCCACUCAGAAUAUCAGAAUUUAAGAACACCUUUCUUCAGAUGCUUCGUUGUUUUGCGCAUAUGUGCCCUCGUGAAAGAAGAAAUGAAGUUUUGCCGAUGCAUGAAGGGAGACAGGGUCAGUUUCAUCAUUUUCAAGAAUUACGCAUUUCCAAUCAUUAGCAAAUAUUAGAUGGAAAGUAAAUUCAUGUUUAUUUCGGUGUUGCAAGCAUUAACAGUCAAGGUAAUAAAAAACCCACUUUAAGUAGAUUUACCACAUCCAAAACUUGAAAGCUUGCCUUGUUUCUCUAGCUCAGUCAGUGGGUGCAAAGUACAAUGUUACUGUGCAAUCCAUGAUCAGUCUGUUUCGAGAAUUUGAAUUAGAAAUCAUUGAUUACUUCCAAGACAAUUUAUUUGUAAACAUCAUAACGUUCUUAGUGAGGCUAGUGCGUGUCAUGUAUACACCAAUAAUUUGUCCUUUUAUCAGAGCCUCAAAAUUCCUAUAUGUUAUUGUUUGCAAAGAUUUUGAUAUUGCGGUACGAGAGUUGUACAAAUUAUAGUACGAUACUACCAGUGGAUCAGUUUUACAUUUGUAUUAAUUUUUAUAUUCAGUUGAA